AUGGAUCUCAGUCCUCUCCCUGUGAUGUUCUUGUUGGUUUCACUUGUACCAGAGGCCCAUAAUCAAGGGAGGCCUAAAGCUGUGGUUUCCAUAAAGCCUGAUACACACGUGUUCAUUGGAGAGAUUGCUACUCUUAGAUGUGAAAUACAGGGAGGAGGAGACACUCAGUGGUCAUACACAUGGUAUAAGAAUAACGGCUUCUGUCAAUAUGGAGUCUCGUUAUCUUUCUGGGUUAAUUUAAAUUCUGACAGUGGUGACUACACCUGCAAAGAUGACUAUACACAGUUAGAGAGUAAUGUUGUUACACUGACUGUAUCAGCAAAACCUAAACCGACUGUGAGAGUGAAUCCUCAGUGCUCCAUCUACACUGGAGACACCGUCACUCUGACCUGUGAGCUGAAUCAGGGCACUGGAUGGGAGUUUCACUGGUACAAAAAUAAUCAGCAGUUACAGCGUUUGAGUACAGUAAACACAGUCCCUGUGACAGUGUAUAAUACAGAAGACACAGUGUUUAAGUGCAGAGCACGCAGGUAUAACACCUGGGCAGCGUAUUACAUACACUACUACACAGAGUACAGCAAUGAAGUCACGCUUACUGCAAAAGAGAGACCAGCGGUACUGAGUGUAUCUCCACAGAGCUGGCUGACUGAAGGAGACUCAGUGACUCUCAGCUGUGAGGUUACAGACUCCUCUACAGACUGGACAUUCAGCUGGCACAGAGUUGUUCCCUACAGACAUGGUGUGACUAAAAUAUAUUGUAGCGAUGGCUCUAUCAUGUAUGUGGAGCUCCUCUCAGACAGCAGCAGAGGAUCUGGAGGCUCCUACACUCUCAGUCCUGCUGAUCUUAAACACACAGGAGUUUAUGUGUGUAGAGGAGAGAGAGGAGAACCAGCCUUACACACACAGUACAGCAAUCUACAGACACUAUGGAUCACUGGUGAAUCUCCUCCAGUCUCUCUGAUCAUCAAUCCCAGCAGAACUCAACACUUUACUGGUGACUCUCUCUCACUGAGCUGUGAGGACCAGAGACACUCUACUGGAUGGACAGUGAGACGAUACACACACAGUGAGAGGGUAUCAGAUUGUUCAUGGUGCGGAUCAGUUACAGGAUCUACAUGUAAAAUCAGUUCCCUUAACACAUCCUACACUGGAGUUUACUGGUGUGAGUCUGAAUCUGGGGAAAACAGUAAUCCUGUCAACAUUACAGUGAAUGUUGGUGAUGUGAUCCUGGAGAGUCCUGUCCAUCCUGUGACUGAGGGACAUCCUCUGACUCUACACUGUUUAUAUCGCAACACGAAUCCCUCAAUCCUCCGAGCUGAUUUCUAUAAAGAUGGAUCAGUUCUCCAGACACAGACUACAGGAGAGAUGAUUAUCCAUAAAGUCUCAAAGUCAGAUGAAGGUUUCUACUACUGUAACCACUUUUCAGAGUCACUGAAAAGCUGGGUCUCAGUCAGAGCUCCAUCAGGUGUAGAAGCUUUAUAUUCAGUGCUCAUGCUGAUCAGUAGUGUAGUGACGGCCUCUCCGUAUCUGCUGGUCACCAUCAUUCUGCUACUUAAAUGUUACAGAGCACGAGAGUGA